UCGCGGGCAACUACACAAAAUGUGACGUCAGCAGGAUUUCCACACCAGAUUGUCUCGUCGCGCGCAGUCUGAAGUGUUGCUACUAGUGCUAGAUGGUUAGCCAGGUUCCGAAGUAUUGGUGAAACGUUACGAGGAUAAGGACUUCUUCUGUUCUGCAGUGUAGUUCUAUUUAAUGUAACCGUGCCUGUCGUUUUGGUCAUAAAGACCUCGAAGGAUGUUCUCAUUAGUGCGGUGGAUGGGAAAGCAGGGUAGUAAAAUAGCAGACGUUAACGUUAGCGACGACGAAGCUAUAUUAGUUGGCUAACUUUAUUCUGGCGGGUGGUUUGCAUUGGAAACGUUUUUAACGUUAGAUCAUUUCACCUCGUCUGGUUGGGACGAGAUUUUGUUCAAAGCAACGGAACUUUUUGGACAUUUUGACGGUUUGCAGAUCCUGAACAUCAUGCAUGGGGUAAUGGCUGGCCAUCAAGGUGCGGGUCGGAAAUGCAAAUCAGAGUCUUUUGUGAAUCCAGAGAGAAGGAAAAGGACUGUUGAAGACUUCAACAAAUUCUGCAGUUUUGUCCUUGCCUACUCUGGAUAUAUGCCCUCAUCUAAAGAAGAAAGUGUAUGGGCUUCAAACUCAAAAUCUGCCAGCGCAAAUCUCCCAGGAGAGAAGGGCCAUACAGAUGUGCACACAAUCCACACAUUCAUUCAGAAGUCUCAAAGUAACGGGGACAUGAACAGCUUCCAUCUUCAGCACUCUGAAGGCGCCUCAGCAAAAAAGAUGCACCUGGAUGACUCUCGGCUUUUGGACUGCCCUCGUGUAGAUACUGAACAUAAGGGGGACUGGAAACCGAUUUCACCUGGGAUUGUAAGCAACAAUGAAGGGCACGAUUCUUGUGUUUUGUUAGAAAAAAGGGCGCGCAUCAAGCACAGCAAGAAGCAUAAAGGGGCCAAAGCAAGUCCAAAGAAGAUCAAUGGUUCAGUCAAAGUUGAAGGAGACUCCUUUCAAAUGGGUAAUGUGUCUAUGUCACGUGGCACACAGGAGCAAGACUGUGUUGGAUCCAUUGGAAUAGUGCUCAAGGAUGAGCAUCAAAGGGAAGCAGAUUUGAGUUCCAGUGAGGGUGAAACAUGGAUUGCAGAUGAAGACAUCAUGGUGGAGUCAGGUGAUGACUCGUGGGACUUGAUUACCUGUUACUGUGGAAAGCCCUUUGCUGGAACUGCCCACAUGAUAGGAAAUCCAUGCCCAGGAAGGAUCACUGAAGACUUGGGUCACUGCUGCAGACUAUGUUAUCUUUCAUUUGAUGUAUACAGUUCCUCAGCAGGAGAAACUAACAGUAACAAGUUCCUUGUUUUUAAUGUUAUUUUUAAAGAUCGGACACAGUCCUGACCUAGAGACAUGGCAAGUUGGUAGGCAUAAGCAUAUGUUUUGGUAAUCAUUUUGGGCACCAUGCAAAGAAGGUGAUGCUGAUAAAAUGCCGGAGCAUUUUCUUUUUACAGUUAGCCAAAGUUGUAAUAUUAAAUUGCUCUGUAUUUCCAGAAUAAUUUGGAUUUACUUGCAACAGUGGUGAGUCCCACUCUGCAAAGUUAAGUAAAUUUCUCUAUUCAGUAAAGCCUGCCAUCUACAUGAAUCCAGUGAUCUCUCACUACUGCCCUUUUUGCAGUCAGAUUUUCUAUUCAGAUAUUCUUUAUUAUUUAUUUUUCUAAUGAAUUGUAUGGUGUUUACCUUUGUGGUUCACUAUACUGCAUUAUGGAAUGUACUUUCAGUCAUACCUGUACUAAGGCCCUAUGGAGCUAUCUGUUUUUAUUGUAACUGAAAUUAUGCAGACCUGACUAAAAGUCAGGUGUUGUGCUGGAUGGAUAUACUGAAUAUUUUGUUAUGACUUGGGAAUGGCAAUUUUGUUGAUUGAUUAGAAAGAGCAAUUGGUUGGUUCUAUGAAUGAAUAUGUUUAUUAAUUUUUUUUAGUACUAGUACUAAAAAAGUACUAGUACUAGUAGUACUAAAGAAUAUUUGUUCCCCUUUUGAAAUGUAUACAAUGGCUUUGACUCCAAUUUCAGUGUGAGAAGUCUGUAAAUAUACCCUAGUGGAUGGUGAUAGUUUUGUGGUUCUCAGUAUACCCAUGCCAAAGUGAAUAAAAGGUUUACAGCUGUAAAAA